UCCAUUUACGAAUGUACCAAUGACCAUUGUUGUUAUUAUAAAAAGUGACAUUUCUUGUUGUGUUUUUUGUUUCAAACAUUUUUCUUCUUUGUGUUGACAUUCGGAAUUGAUUUGCCGCUUGAUUAUUGAUUUUCAAACAAAAAGUCAAUAGAAAUUUCGUCUCGCAGAAAACAUUUUUUGAUUCGUUCUGGUCGUUUUCAUGUUUCCAAUUUAAUUCAUAAGAAACGAUUGACGGUAAUUUGGCAGACCAGGAAAAUUCCUCGGUCGAAUCGCCAUGGGACUUUUGGAACCGAUAAAAUAUGGUGAACAAUUCCACAAAUUGUACGUGAGUAGCUGUGACAAAAGAACUACAGCCGAUCGGUCAUUAAAUCGAAAGAAAAAGCCCGAUAAGCGAAAGACAACCAAACAAAAUGAUCCAACUGCAUCGUUGAGUCAUUCCGAUCAGAUUGAACUCGAACCGAACGCUUCAAAAUUUGCAAUAUUUUCGGCUGUUCGUUCCUUCGUUCUUGAAUCCGAGACUAAAUCGUCGCAAAUCUACGGAGUGCCACAGGAUGUCAGCGGAAAGAGAUCACCUGUGUCGUGUUGUUGUAUUUGUGCAACGUCCUGUAAGACUGGCGUUACGGUCGAGUGCCGCUGUCACAAUGGCCAGACCAAAUCGCAAGAUAAUAACGAUAGCGAAAAUGACAGUUUCACCGAAGAUACGACAGAGAAGGAGAUUGUGUUGCAAGUGCCACAGAUUGUCGGCGCUGGAUUACGUGGCCUUUUCGAACUUAUUGCUGAAGCAAGGAAUGUCAGUCCCAUGCUAUGCACCAAAGCACUGCGUGCAUUGUUCGAUGUCAUACAGGGUCAAAUACCGGAAAGCUUCAAAUCGGAACCGAAUGAUUUGAUUCAACCGUUGUACGAUCUACUGUUGGAACUGUCAACAUUGCCUAGUACGGCGGCACAGAGUAGCGAGGUAACAAAUUGGUCGGCAAUUGGUUGUUCGGCUCUGUUAGGAUUGUGUGUGGCUAGAGGCGACACCGGGAAGACACUGAAGGCAAUAGCCGCUCUGCUUAUGUCUCCCAAAGUACUUGCAACACAGAGCAUUCAGUUGCCACUGGUACUGUCAACGCUUCAGCGCAGCAUCUAUUCGGUAGCAUUGGGGAAGCCAACGAAACCCGAUUACUACAAAAGCGGCAUUCCACGCAAUUCGCUAAUCGAGCAAUUUUCGCUGAAAAAUCAACUUCCCGCCAACAUUCAGUACAGUCUGCAGCCAUGUAUCGCAUCGAAUGGCAAGUUUGUUUUCAUUUUGACCGGAAAAAGUCUGAUCAAAAUCGGUACCGGUUUCAACGGAACACUCCGUGGAUAUGUGUAUGCGGUCAACAAUGAGUUCGGAAGGGAGAAAAACGGAUGGAUCGGAUUCUGUGGAAAUAAUCUUUUCUACAAAAAACUGUCCAAACGAAGCGUUGAAGCGAUGAUGAUCAUAAACACUGAGACACUCCAAAUUGCAUAUGCUUCUGAAGUGACGCUGCCGAUGGCAAGGGAAGGUCAACAUUCUUUACUCUUUUCGGAUGGUGAUUCCAUCAAUAUCAUCUCUACAGCUAAAGAUGACGCACUGGUAGUGAAACAGAUUUACUCGACCGGAGCUACCGUUUCGGAUCUACCGUUAAAGUUGUCCCGAAAAAGCUUUCGUACCCUUGGCUACGCAUCAUUCGAAGACGAAGUUUUAAAUCAAAAUCAAAUUCAAGCGAUUCAGGCCACAUUCAAUCAAUUCGAACCGAAACUACCAAACGACCAGGAUGUGGUUGCCAUUACGUGCGGCAAAGAAUUCGGUCUCGUUCGAUCGGCCAACGGUAAGGUUUACCACUACGGUAAAUCGGCUCAGCUCGGUUUGAAAUCUGUUGGUAAAAAUCCGGUGCUUCGCAUGACCGAAUUGAUAAUAUCCAAAAUGUCGAACAUUGUGCAAAUUUCCAUUGGACACGACGGUGUCCAUGCAAUAUUGGUAAACGACGAUGGUACAGUGUAUUUUGCUGGUACAGCCCGGCGCGGUGAAGAUGGCGAUACGUCGAAGAAUCGUCGGGCACCGAAGCCAGCAAAGCCGAAAAAAUUAACCAAAGUUGAGGGUCACUUUGUGGUACAUGCAUCAUGUAACAAUGGGACAUCGGCAUUUGUCACCAAAACCGGUAGACUGAUCAUUUUCGGAAAGGACAAUGCACAUUGUGACGCAGCUGGUGUGGUGACUGGCUUGAUGGAUGAACACAUUACGCAAGUGGCGCUAGGCAAGGCUCAUUGUGUCGCAUUGAAUUCCAAAGGAGAAGUGUUUACGUUCGGUUUGAACAAUAAAGGACAGUGCGGUCGACAAAAACAAGAAUGCGGAACAAAUCUACCUACCGAUGGUUACGAAAUCAAACCUCAGCCCACCGUUUACAAAUACGAUGCAUCUAACAUCUGUGAUUAUGACGAUCACAUUGUCGUCCAAGGACAGUGUCGCGUCUGUUCGAUUUGUCGUGAAUGUACCGGCUACAACAUUUCGUGUGUAUCGACACAAAAUACGACAUUGGAACAUCGAUUACCCGGAGCUAAUUGCGCGUGUGGUCAUGGCGAUGCCGGUUGCUCGAAAUGUGGUGCCUGUUCGACGUGCAUUGCCUUCCAAGAAAAUGAAUGCAGUCAGGAUGGGAAGGACAAGAGGCCGUUCAAUUUCUUGAUCCGGCAACGUAGUAAAAGUCUGAUUUGCAAUCAGAAAGACAAAAAGCAAGACGACAUCAACCUUGGCUCUGAUGUGGAGCGUGAUGGUCAGCGCGUCGCACCAUUACCACCGCAAAAACUGUCAUUUUCAACGACUAAUCCAGUGACUCAAAUAUCUUGCGGUCUGUACCACUCUGUUGUAUUAACGUCUGCCGGCGAAGUUUUCACCUUCGGCAGCAAUCAAUACGGUCAACUGGGAACCGGUGAUCUACAACCACAAACGGGACCAUAUGGUCCAGUAACAGUUGCGGGUGUGGUUUGUCAAGUGACAGCGGGCAGCAAUCACACUGCCUUAUUGACCACAAAAGGAAUUGUCUACACAUUCGGCAACAAUCAGAAAGGACAACUGGGAAGGCUGCCCGCGGAUUCCGUGCAACAAACUUCUAAUUAUCCAGAAGAUUUGUCCAGCAAAUCCGAUGACGGCAACGAGGAAUCGUCUAAUUCGUCUAACAUUGGGAGUCAGCGUCAAAAAUAUUUGUGGCACUGUUCGCCUGGAGCCGUUUGUGGUAUUGGGCCCACUUACGGAAAGAAGGCAACGUUCAUCAGUGCUAGUGGCGAUCAGACAUUUUUCAAAAUUGACGAAUCUCUCGUAACCAGCUCAAUGCUGUCUAAAGUGAAUAUCGUCGCUGACAAAAGUACCAUCUUACUGAUACCGCAAUAUUUGCUAUCCUUCAACUGUCUGGCCAUAUGUCGUCGUGAUGGUAACUGCAACGCCCACAAUGCGAAUCAAGUUGAAUUUGCCAAAAUCAUCCAGACGAACAACAAUGCAAUCACUCAAUUAGCGUCCGAUAAAUGCAAUCAAAAUGUCGAAAUCAAUAAUUUCCAUCAGAACCAGGACCGAAUGUCACAGAGUGUGCACGAGGCACGGAACCAGAUAUUCGAUGAAAAUAUGUUAUUCGGCGAUCAGCGCAAACGAAAGCGACCGGAACAGAAAUCGAUCGACAAAAUCAUGCCACAAUUGGCAUUUGCCUUAGACUCGUAUUUUGGUGUGCUGUGGGUGUUUGAUGCCAUUUCCCGGAAGAUUAUGUGCUACAAUGUUAUUGCUAGUGAAAUUAUGGACAGCGAAGGACAAUCGAAUUUGAGGGCGAUUCUGUCGCCAGAACUAGCUCUGCCGUUGAAACCCGAAGUACAAGUCACUCGCAAUCAGGCAUCGUUGAACAUUCUAGCUUGUUUGGACAUUUUGACGUCGUGCCAGGACUCGUUACCAGCAUGCUUUCAACAGAUUCGUCCUCGAUCGUUGACCAGCCCGACGAAAGAGUCGGAGAGCAGCGAUUUUCAAGCCGUGUCACGAUUCGAAAAUUUCGGCGGUGGCUGGGGAUAUUCGGGUCACAGCGUCGAAGCAAUUAGAUUUAUGGCAGACAGCGACAUUCAAAUUUGUGGCUUUGCUAUGUUUGGCGGACGUGGUGAGUACACAUGCAAGCUGAAACUCUUCGAUUUGGGAUGUGAUGGCGGCGGAUAUGAAAAGGACGGUGUGCUGAUAUCGGAAACCGAAGAAAUUCCGUACGAAUGUCCAGCUCGUAGCAAGUACAAUAUCAUGCUACCGAAACCGUUGACCGGCAAUGCGGGCAAGUGGUAUUUGGUGUGGGCGAGAAUAUCGGGACCGUCAAGUGAUUGCGGUUCGUCGGGACAGUCCACUGUUACCACAGAAGAUCAAAUCGUUUUCAAUUUCAAAACAUCUAAGAAAGCGAACAACGGAACUGACGUCAAUUCGGGUCAAAUACCGUCGAUCUUAUAUCGGAUUAUAACGCAGGAAACGAAACAACCACCCAUUCCCGUUGAUCUCGACCCAGUGUACAAGAUAUCUCGAUUGUUUGCGAACACAGUCACCAAAGAGUGCUUUGAGAGUUUGGUAUCACUUCUGAGUUGGGCAUGGUCGUCAUUUAAGACAACGUUGACCGAGUUAAAAGACAAGAAAAAACUUCCGCAAACGACAGCAACCUUAAGUCGUUUAUUUUACAUCAACAGAGCGUGUCUACGACUGCUACGCAAAUACACAAACGAAAUUUAUCCGAACAACGUAUUUGCUAAGGUCGACAAAGCGCAAACCGUUCCGGCGAAUAAGAAAUCGGAGACACAAAUCUACGUGCUGAACCAGGGCCCAUCGACAUCGAAAAAUGUUCCAGCGGCAAAGUAUUACAUGGGCAGCAGCAUGGAUGCCACAACGCCAACCAAUCCCAAGAAAAUUAACAUGGAAAAUCUCCAGCUGGCCGAAUGCAUUGGCGAUGUACGAUCUCUACUGAUUCAGAUUCUGAGCGACGAGAUUCCGAGUGACGUCGACCUGGACGGUUACGAAAUAACGAUGGAAAUUUUGGACGAAUGUCAUACCACCUUUCUGUCGUGUUUCAACGUAUUUUAUCCCACAUCCAACUUGAAAUGGAAUUGCUUGUGUGAGUUGUUGGCCCAGGAGGAAAAGGGCAACAACUACCAUUCCAGACUGUUAAGUGCCAUUAUAGCAGGACUCUGUCAUCCGAAUGUGAAACUUAGGAGCACAUUUUCGUUGCUGUCGUCCAAUCGUGAAAGUAAAUCGAUUGUCAGUCCCAGUGAUAAUUCCGGAUUGCCGAUGCUUUUGAGUACGGAAAAUCAUCAGUAUCCGGUGCUAGUCGAACAAAUGAUUUAUCGGACUCAGCGUGAGAAAAGUGAGUUUCUAACAAACGUUUGGACAUUUAAAGACGUCCUCGUCCGUUUACUGGACAUCAUUUCGCAUCCCAUCAAAUCCAAAAUCGAAAACAUUUACAACCGAAGCAAUCAAUAUGUGAUCUCGUUCAACAGACGAAUCAAUCAGAAAUUAAUCGAUAAUUGUUGUCAUUUGUUGGCCAGAGUUCUGGCCGAAAUUGUGUAUCAAAGUUGUGCGUCGGAUAAUGAAUUGUCGUUUCCUCCCACACGAACGUUGCUCUGCACCAGCAGUCGCUUCGCGCGCUGUGAUUCGAGUCGUACGUGGAAUACCGGAAAUUUCGGACCGGAUGCAAUUUCGUUCAGUGUCAAUCGGUCGGGAAUCGCAAUAGCCGGUGCUAUGAUCUAUUCCGGAUCGGGAAGCUAUGAAUAUCAGUUGGAACUGUUGUACGAUGCCAUUGAGUCGCAGUCUCAGCAUAAAUGGGAGACAAUUGAAUCGGUAUCGGGCACGUACGAUCAGGAAAUUGUUCACAACGAAAUGGCUGAAGUGAAAUUUGAACGACCGGUUCAUAUCAAGGAAAACACCCGAUAUGCGAUACGAUUGUGUUCACAAGGCGCCCGUACGUGUUCGGGAGACGGCGGUUUGUCCACCGUUCGAGGCCCAUGUGGAACUUCGUUUUCUUAUUUUCCCUGUGAUUUGAGUUUCAACGGUACGACAACCGCUCGAGGUCAGAUUCCCUGUUUGAUAUACUACACGAAUCCGGUGAAAAAUGAAGCGCAGUCUGGCAAAGCAUUGAAUGAACUGCACGCUAGAGACACUGCAUUGCAGAUUGCUAGUGAUAUAACCAAGAAAUGUACGGAACUGUUGAUUUUAACCAGAAAUACACUGGCCGCUUCGAUGUCACCCAGUGAGAAAAGUUUGAAUUCGUCCAACAAUACGCAAACGGUCGAUUCCGAGCAAAAUAUCACUCCAAUCGAGGAACAUUUGGACGUUACGUUCGCUAAUAACAGUAACAUAACCAACACACCGAGUAGUUUCACUGACCAGCAUAACGUUUCGACCGCACGCGAUCUGUCGAAACGUAUCGAAUCGUUCUCGAAGGGCAUCAUGGAGACGUUAAAGUUUGACAAACGAUCGACGAAUCCGUUUGAAUUCGAAAUUGAAAUCGGAGCGACAGAAAUCCAUCCCAAGGAUCUGGUCAAAGAGUCGGAAAUACAGGACAAGAACUUGAAAAACGGACGCAUUUCGAAAAUGAAUGGGAACAACAGCAACAUCAAGAACUUGCUGAAUGAAGUGGGCCGCAGCGGAUCGGAAGAUGACAGUUCGGAUUUCAAUGUGCUGCAAACACUAAAACUGUUUGAGAACAAAUCGGCCAGCAUGUUUCAUACCCUGUUGCCGUUGGUAUUGGCCCACAUUUCCGUUUUAGCUAGCAAUGAUCCGAAGAGUGCGGUCCAAAUCCUUAGCCUUAUUCGUGACAUUCUACCACAUGUAUCCGCUUUGAAUCAAUUGUACUGCAGCAAGGAUAAAGUAAUCGACCCGAAAGACUGUAUCAUGCAAGAGAGUCGAAAGGAAAAUUUCUUCGCCAAAGAUUUGGAGGAGGCCAAACAACAUUUGCUCGAUCUUAACAGCACCAGUAAUCACUAUUGCAUCAUCGAAAGUGAUCAUCCCUAUAAGAGUGCAUCGAUCAGCAACUACAAAGUCGAGUUUCCGCCGUGUGUGCAAUGGUUUACCGUUGAAUUUGAUCACCAAUGCGGAACUGCGCAGCCGGAAGACUAUUUGGUCGUUUCCAUUCCAACAAAACCAUCGUCCAAUUUAACGGUAAAUUGGGACAGUAACAAGCAGUCGAUGUUCAGUGAUGGUUCGAAGGGUCUCUUCGACAGCUAUCACAGUGACAAAUUUUCGAUUUGUAAAAAUGCUUGCAUCAGCUCGUACACAUCGCUGAAAGACAGCGACAAUUUCAAAAGCUCGAAUGCCCAGGAAUCGAGUGACGAUCGUUUCGUUGUCAAGGUUUACAACACAACAUGCCAGUGGUCACAAAGUGCGCUAGUGCUGCCCGGCAAUAAAAUUGAAUUUUCAUUGGAAACCGCAUCGAAUUACGCACGUGAUCAAUUGGCAAACAAAUAUGGUUUCCGUUGCUUAAUUAUUGGCUACGAAAAUCCCACUUUGUUCCCGUAUCCGAACACAAGUCUUACAAAAUUGGAAUGUGAACUUGCUUACCUUGGUGGAAUGUGCACAUCACAUCUGAUGAAACGAGAUCUGGCCCUGCCAGGUGACAAUCCGUCGGAAGACUUUUCCAAUGUGGAAGAAACAAUUGCGGCUCAUGCGACCCUGUUGUCGAAGGGAUUAGCCAUUUCAGAUUCUGUAUUUACCGUCAAUCAAGCGUUGGACUCAUAUCUGCCUGUCGGUGGCCAAUCAAAUGAAAAGCAAUUUUUAAAAGAUUUCGUAAGUGCUGCACCGGGAUCGUCAGGUGCUCGUCUUGCCGCUUGGCUACAGCCGGAACCUCGUCUUGAUCCGAAUAAAUGUGAACUAAAACCGAUUCAAGAGCCGGUUCGCUACGGCUGGCCCACUCAACUGAGCAUAAUAUGCAGAGAUCAGUAUGGCGAUGCAGUGUACAUACCCGAUCUGAAGAUUGAAAUCAAGGCUACUCCAUCUGGCGGAGUAAUUAAUGGAGGUCGUAAGCCGAUAAAGAAAAAUAAAUCAAUCGACCUUACGGUCAGAGGCGCUACUGGGCCACCGAAAAUUGCAUAUGAACCGACAAUCAAAGACAAAAUGUGCUUUAACGCAAUAACGUUCAUGAAGCCUUUCCUCCACUACUCAUUCGAGGAGCUUCGAUUUUACAAUCCCAAUCAAACACGAGUAACCGAAACACUCUACGCACAUGCUAUGAGUGACUGGACUUUCGGCGCGGUGUGGACACCGAGUUCGGUUGGAAAUUUUUGUCUAACAAUUUCCAUAGACGGUGUUGCACUCGAAGAGGUCUACCGUGUGGAUGUUAAAGAGGCUGGCAUUCCACCACCGCCACAAAAACCGUGCAUUAAGAAGACCCAACCACCGAACAAACUGAGAAAAUUUGUAUCGUCACAUUCAGCUGGUCUGCGAAUCCGUUCACAUCCCACACUGCAGUCAGAACAGGUCGGAAUUGUGGAAAUGGAUGGCAUCAUAUCGUUCAUUGACGAGGUCGAAAACGACGAUGGAGUCUGGGUGCGUCUAUCAACCGAAUCGAUUCGUCAGCAUUGCACGAUCGGUCGGUAUCCGCCGGAAGCAUGGUGUCUUCAGUAUAAUCAGCACUUAGGAAAGACUCUUCUUCAUCCGGUAAUAGAACCACAGGCGAAAAUCAUGUUGGCUCGCAUUCGAAACAGCAGUCAGAGUUCUCUCGAUGUGAACGAAUUAACUAUUGAUUCGGACGAUAUUACUGUACCAGUAGGCUCGCCGAUGAAGAAGUUCAUUCCGAUACUCGGACCAAAUGCGCUUGUAUUUACGCAAAUAGGUGCCACCUCGUCGUUUCCGAUAGACUCAUCCGAGAGCACCGAUCAGCACGAAACAAAAUCGGACGAUGAUUCGAAGACAUAUGACGAUCAAACCGAACGAAUCGAUGACUACAGUUCAGCAAUUGGUUUCAUUCAGACCUCUAGCAGUAGUCGGGAUGACGACGAUAAGCGGUCAACGCAAACAGGAGGUUCAAAUAUGCGAAACAAUUCGUCGGGAAGCAGUCUAUCGAUCAGUCCGAAUCAAUCGAAUAUCGGUAAUACACUUGCCGGCGUAGUUGGCGGAGGUGCCAGCAAGCUGCAGGCCUUACACAAAUGGUUCAAGGGCGACAGUUUCGAUGGGAAAGACUUUUCAAAAAAACGAAACGAACUGUCCGAAUUUGCAUCGGUUUCGGUUCGAGAUUUGGUGAAGGCUAUCGGUGGACCCGUUAGCAAUGGAAAUGAAUCGAUGGCACCGCAUCACAGCCGUAGUUCGAGUCCUGUCGCCGUUCCGAUAGGUCGAUUUGAUCAGCUUCCCACUCAUGGCGGUAGUUGCAGCAAGUCCGUUGAGAUAUCGGAUACUUCGAUUUUGGUUAGCACGUUGGUCAAGGAUUUGAGUCAGUCACCCAGUCAGAGUAGUUUUCGUGACGAAGCCGAACCCGAAUCGUAUUCCUUCGUUGAUUCCCACUCAUCACAAACUGACGAUAGGACGGCACAGACUGUGCGAACAGUAAAUUUUGCCAAUACACCAAAGCACAGUCCACGUAAAAUGCGAAACAAACGCAGCGUUCAGGGCUACUUUUGUAACAAUUCACCGUCGGCGGAUACGAAAGAAAAUGAUCAACAUGCUGGUGGCAAGAUAAAUUUCAACAGCGAACAGAAGAACAGCAUGCGCGAUCAUAACAACGAUAUUAACAAUUCGGUAAAUGCGGAUAUGGGCAGAACGAUAAAACGGGCCCUACCAUCGUCGUUGGCCGAAAGUUUACGCGCUGUUUUCGCUGCAUUUCUCUGGCACGAAGGUAUCGUUCAUGAUGCUAUGGCCUGUUCGUCGUUUCUUAAGUUUCAUCCGACACUUCCGAAGAACGGGGCAUUUAUUACGAAUCCUGGUCUGGAUGCAGCCGGUGAUCAGGUGUUGUUGUCAAAAGAACAAAGAGCUCAGCAGAGAUAUUCCGUUGAAGUGGCAAAUGCUGGCAACUAUCUGAACAUUCGACCAUCGACACUGGAAACGCUCACCAAAUCGGGAAAUUCAAGUGUUCACAAUCGUCGUUUUCGAAAAAAUGGAACUGAAGAACAACCGAAACUGCACGCUCUGCCCGAACUGAUGAUAGUCUGUCCGCCAGCGUUGAAAUGUCUGGUUUACUUAUGGGAUCAAUUGAGUAGCAAUUGCAUUCAGGUGGUUCAAAGUGCGGCAUCCGAUUUGCUAAAGGACAUACACAAUCCACAUGUCAUGCUGAAUCACCGCAAUGAUCAGAACAUUUGCGACGAUUCCAAGAAAAAUAAAAAGAAGAAGAAAGGUAAGGCGAUGGGAGAGUGGUGGUCGGGGUCGAGAAGCCAACUAAUUUGUUUCCAUUUCGCAGAAGAGUGCACUUAUUGUGAGCUGUGUGACAUGUACAUUCCCAUUCCUGUCACGUACCAUAUGCGUUCCGUACAUCCUGGUUGUGGUAAACCGGCCAAAGGUAAAGGUUACAAUGCUGUUGGGGCAUUUUGCGAGGGUUGGGCUGGUAAUUGUGGUGAAGGUGGAAAGGGUGCUUCAAGCUGGUAUUUAAUGUGUGAGCGGUGUAGAGAAAAGUACUUGGUGCGAUUCAUCAAUAUCAAUAACAUCAACAACACCACCACCAACAACAUACAAACGUACUCAUCCACCAAUAAGUUAGAGAACUUAUUCAGUCUGCAUUGCAAUAUGAUUUUGAAUUCGGAAGUGUAUUCGAUGAUGAAGGAAAAUUCAUUGUUCCUGUUGGAAUUGUCGUCCACCGGCUCCGGUGGCCUAAUUGGCAAUCAGAAGCGAUCGCCGCAACAAAUGCCCGUCGUGACCGAAACGCAAUUGCAUCAAAUUGCAUCGGAUUUGAAUAAACCGAGUACAAGCCGCGGUGAUAUCAAUUCGAGUGUCCGCAACAGCAAGGUCAUGUUGGCAUACAAUUGUAGAGAUGCUGCGGGGAAAGGACCAGUUUCAUCGACGCCAUACCGACGAUCUGAUAUUCCGUCGUGUGUAUCACCUGAACUGCUAUGGCAAGCGCCGGAUACGUUUUCUUGUUUAGAGUCGUUGGGUGCAUCGGCGACCAAUGAUACACCUUACACCAUAUUCGGGCUGAAUUCCACGGACAAUGGAUUUGAGAGGCCUCUUUCCGAAAUUUCAAUUGACUCAAUGGAUCGAAGUGGUGUCCUCACCAAUUCCAUUACAAACACGAAUUCGUUGUCUCGAUUCCAUCGAAGUAUGUCCAUGGGACAGGGUUGGCCGAAUCAAAGCAUAACGUCGAAGUACAUGCAAGGUAACGACAACGUAUCGGGACAGAAUUCGAAAGUAAUUUUACGAAGAAGAAAUAACUCAACAUGUGACGAUGGCGGUUCCUUGCUUCUGUGCCAUCCAUCGGAAAAUUUGCGCAAGCUCGUUCCCGAAUCGGUAUUCCAGGUGUCAUCGAAUGUUACUACCCAAAAUAAAAUCAAAACCGACGUUACACUGGAACCGCACGAAAACGAGCAAGUAAUUCCGAAUCACGUGACAAAUGCAAGGACCAAAAACUCUGCCUUUGUCCGCAAUGAGAACGUUCCAUCAUCGUCGGCCGAUGCAAAUCGUCGAACGAACAGAUCGGAAAGGAAUUCGGGGACACCAUACAAGUCCAACAAUAUCGACCAGAAUGUUUGCCUACUAUCCCGUCCUUCGAUGGUAUUCAUCAUGGAGCAGCACAAUUUGGACAAACUUCGUAACUCGUUGAAACGGAGCUUGCGUGUCGCAACGGCUCGAAUAUAUUCACUGCAAGCACUGAACUGGCUAAUGCGAUCAGUAACUCAAACGUCUUGUUUGCAUGAUUUGAUGUGGUGGUUCGUGAGCUCAUUGAAACCGGCUGUGUUGGACGAUUCAUCCAAAAAUGAUGAGACGGAACAAGCGUUGGAGCAUCCCAUUUCGUCGACGCAAAUGUGCGGUAAGAUUUCGCUGCUACUGACACAAAGCUUUCACACUUAUCUGCAAACGGUGGCCGAUCUAACGUUGCUGCUUCCGCCCGGGUCAUCGUUGCAACAAAUUGCCAUCCAGUGCUUUGGUAUCAAAUUUAGACAAGCGGAUCAUCAAUUUUUGCACAGGUCGCACGUGUUCGGCAACAUUUCAAAGAUCUUAUCCCGAUCCGACGAACAGAAUGAGGAAAUGUUGUUACUAUCGUCAGCGGCUAUGCUCGAAUCGAAUCCGAAUUUCUGGGUGCCACAUUUGAGUGUCAAUCACGAGACAAGAGUGUCGAAUUUGAUGGACCUGGCCGGCAUGUUCGAGAUAACAGUUUCGUCCCGACAAACGAUGGUCGGAUCGCUAACGGACGGUUCAACGGAAACGUUCUGGGAAAGUGACGAAGAGGAUCGCAACAAGGCGAAAAUCAUCGAAAUUUCGAUGAACAAACUGAGUUUCGUGUGCAAAAUGAUAUUCGUUCAUAUCGACAACAGCCGGGACAUUCAGAACAAGGUGACGAAUGUGAGUUUCUAUGCUGGCCCAUCACUGGGAGACACAAUACUGGUGAAAAGCGUGGAAGUGGAUUCGAAGGCUGGAACAUGGAUCUCGACGAACCUUCGAGACGAUUCAUGGACACAUUUUCGCCUCGAAUUCCGUGGAUCGGAGAACACGCUCAGGGUGCGUCAAAUAAAAAUUCUCGGAUUACCGACGUCAUUGGAGGAGGUCCACCAACGACACAAUAAACUGACGAAUGCAUUCCAAAUUCAACAACGGAAUUGUGAAGCAGAAACCUUGCGAGUAUUUCGACUGAUUACAGCUCAAGUAUUCGGAAAACUAAUUCUUGGCACCGAACAUCAAACAGAAAAUGUGAAUCUAACAGCAAACGCUGGCAUGGAAUCCAGUGCCACAUCGUUACUGGCCGAUUCGUUGGAUUUGCGUGAGCAUAUGGUUGGAAUACUCUUCAGUCGCAGCAAAUUGAGCCAUUUGCAGAAACAGGUCAUCGUGCACAUAGUCCAUGCGAUUCGCAAAGAAACACAACGGGCUAAAGAGGAAUGGGAAAUUCUGAACGCAACGACGAAUGUUAAUAAUGUUCCGCUGGGCAACGUCGACGAAAAGAGCGAUUCAAGCAGCGAGAAUUCCAGAGCACCCGACACAUAUUGUUUCGAAAUGUUGAGCAUGGUGUUGGCACUGUCAGGGAGUACGGUCGGUAGAUCCUAUCUGUCCCACCAAUAUUCUUUGUUGAAGGAUCUGUUGAGCCUUUUGCACACCGGAAGCGAUCGAGUUCAACGCCAAGUGACAUUGUUGUUGCGUCGCAUUCUUCCCGAAAUAACUCCCGACAAUCUGGCCGACAUUUUGGGUAUUCGCGUUAUGCCACCGAAUGACUUUAGCAUUGUCAAUCAGAGCAGUCAUGCGUUCGACAUGAAUCGACUGGGAAUCAUUGACAUUUUUCUGGCUGUUAUCGCCAAAGCUCUGCAACUGCAAAUCAAAAUCAAAAAUGUCACCGCACCGAUGGCCAACAAACAGAUUACGACGGUAAAACUGUGCAAUUGCAUCGACUUGAACGUUUACAGUUUAAGGAGCGGCGAACAGAACAUCGAUGAGGUGACGGAACAUUUGUUUGACUUUGGUAUUGGCGAGAACUCGUCGUUGCGGAACUUGAACGAUGAACAUUUCGGCAAUAAGGACGAGAAAAACUUGAAUCAACUUUGGUUCAUGAAAGGUUCCAUAUCAGUGAAGCAGGCAGAGAAUAUCAUAGGGAUAAUCAGAGACAUGGCCGGGGGAAAAUUCUCCGACAAAUGGUCAUUGGUGACCAAGGCCGCUAUAGCUGAAUCAAUUUUGAAUCUGACCAGAUUGGAAGAAGUAUUUCGGACGAACGAGAAUUGCAUAAAAACGGCAACAUUGUGGCUGGCCUUAGCUAGUCUCUGUGUCUUGGACAAAGAUCAUGUGGAGAGACUAUCGUCCGGUCAAUGGUCAAAAUCAUCGGAAACUCGACCACACUGUUCAAACCACGAUGAUGGCAUAACACCAGCGGUCAUUCAGUGUGAAGUUUGCGGAUCGUUGUGCGGUGAUUGCGAUCGAUUCUUGCACUUGAAUCGGAAAACGCGUACACAUCACCGAACGCUGUGUAAAGAAGAGGAAGAGGCAAUCAGAGUCGAAUUGCACGAAAGUUGCGGUCGUACGAAAUUGUUUUGGUUGCUCGCACUAGCUGAUUCGAAGACAUUGAAAGCGAUGGUCGAGUUUCGGGAUGGCAACAAUGCCAUCAUCUCCGGACCGUCGAGUUCGAUCGGCCGUUGCCGUUUCUGUGGUGUGACGGGUAAUUCAGGAUUGUUGGCUAUCGGAAAUGUUUGUGCCAAUGCUGAAUGUCAAGUGCAUGCGGCUAACACUUGCACCAGAAGUAAGCAAUGCGGCCAUCCGUGCGGAGGAGUUAUCAACGAAACAAAGUGUUUGCCAUGCUUACAAACGAUGUGCAACGAUGGAGAACCGUUGCCUGGGCCGAAAUUGACACAGGAUGCGGACGACAUGUGCAUGAUUUGCUUCGUCGAAGCGCUGUCGUGUGCUCCAGCAAUACAAUUGGAUUGCGGUCAUGUGUUCCACUACCAUUGUUGCAAAGAGGUUCUGCAGAAAGGGUGGAGCGGACCGAGAAUCACAUUCGGUUUUUCGCAGUGUCCCAUUUGCAAGAUUGACAUCACCCAUACGCUGCUGAAUGAAGUCUUGGAACCAAUAAUCAGCUUAAAGACUGAUGUCAGGCGGAAGGCAAUGAUGCGGUUGGAGUAUGAAGGGAUCAUGAAGAGUACGGAUCACAGAGACUUGACACAGUAUGCCAUGGACAGGUACGCGUACUACGUUUGCUUCAAAUGUAAAAAGGCUUACUACGGCGGCGAAGCACGCUGUGACGCUGAAAUGGGCGACAAAUUCGAUCCAGAAGAAUUGGUUUGCGGUGGUUGCAGUGAUGUGGCCCGCGCCCAGAUGUGUCCGAAGCAUGGCACCGAUUUUCUGGAAUACAAAUGCCGCUACUGCUGCUCGGUGGCCGUAUUCUUUUGCUUCGGUACAACGCAUUUCUGUGAUACGUGCCACGACGAUUUUCAACGGUUGACGAACAUAGUGAAAAGUAAGUUACCCAGAUGUCCGGCUGGACCGAAGGCGAAGCAGUUGUUGGGCGAAGACUGUCCACUGCAUGUAGUGCAUCCACCGACUGGCGAAGAAUUUGCACUAGGCUGUGGAAUUUGUAGGAAUGCUCACACAUUUUGAAAUAAUUGUCGCGCCUUUAUGAUUGAUAUUUAGACACGCGUAAGAAAGCAAAAAAUUUAUAAUUUCGUUUGAUCUCAGUGCCAGUUAAGCAUUUAAAAAAUUUUUUAUCAUUUUUUUAAGACUGAAUCUUUGCACAUUUUCAAGAUUAAUCUCAUGUAAUUCGUUGUAAUAAAUAUUGUACCGGAAAU